CAUCACCGCCAGCACGCCAUAAAACCCCGCGCUCGCUUCAAAUCUUCUCACACACACUUCGCCAGCUGCCAACGCAGGGGGUUGGGGGGGGCUUGCACCGGAGUUGUCGCCCGUCGCCCUUGGCGCGGCUGGGGCUUGCCGCCGCCGCCGCUGCUACCGCUACCACCACCAACUCCAGCGGGGUCAUCCGUCCAGGUUCAUCAUCAUGGCCACCCGCGUCUUCUCGCGCUUGCUUGCCCCACUGCAGCGGCAGAUUUGGCCGCUGGUGCGGUUUUCAUCGACCGCGUCUGGAGUCACGGAGGAGGUCUCGACAACCACAACCUCCUCCUCUCCUGAACCCGGCACCACCACCACCGCCUCUACGGCAUCUGCUGAACCAUCCGCUCGGCCUCCACGCCCGAGGCCCGUCUGUAACGUCAGCGACAUCAGCAGCUACCUGUGGACGCGCUACGACGAGACAAAGAAGCUGGUGAAAGACAUCGUUCCCCCUGGGCAAUGCCACCUGCUGAACCACAGCGCCGUGUACGUCAACAACGAGCUGUGCCUGGACGACAUCGGCACCUACGGCUUCGACUACGACUACACGCUGGCGCUCUACUCGAGCGCACUGCACCACAAGAUCUACAACGCCGCGCUUGACAUCCUAGUCAAGCAGUACAAGUACCCGGAGGAGCUGAAGAAGUACGAGUACCGGCCGGACUUUGCCACCCGGGGCCUCCACUAUGACAUCCACAAGGGGCUGCUCAUGAAGAUCGACGCCUUCCAUCACGUCCAGCUGGGCUCGGUGUACAGGGGCUACUCGCCAGUGCCAGACGACGAGGUGAUGACCCUCUACAGUGGCACCCACGUGCGCCUUCACCAGAUGACCGACUUCUACGGCAAGGGAAGCCGCAUGAAGCAGUACAUGGAUGUGUUCUCCAUCCCGGAGAUGACUCUGCUGUCAAGUGUCAACGACCACUUCAAGGGCAACCGCAUUGAGUACGACCCCAUCCACCUCUACAAGGAUGUGUCGGAUGCGGUGAGGGAUGUCCACGUGAAGGGGUUGAUGUACAAGAUCAUCGAGGAGAAUCUUGAGGAGUACAUCCAGAGUGGGGAGGAGACCUAUGCUGUCCUCCAGAAGCUCGUGAGCUACGGCAAGAAACUCUUCCUCAUCACCAACAGCCCGUUCAGCUUUGUCAACAAGGGAAUGCUGCACAUGGUGGGCGAGGACUGGCGCGACCUGUUUGACGUCAUCAUCGUGCAGGCUGAGAAGCCAGCCUUCUUCACGGACAGUGCCAAGCCCUUCCGCCGCCUCGACGACUCUGGCUGCCUCCAGUGGGACAAGAUCGACAAGCUGGAGAAGGGCGAGAUCUACCAGCAGGGUAACCUUUACGAGUUUCUGCGUCUGACUGGCUGGGUCGGCACCUCUGUCCUCUACUUCGGAGACCACAUCUACAGCGACCUUGCCGACCUGACCCUGCGUCAUGGCUGGCGCACGGGUGCCAUUGUUCCGGAGCUGGAGGCGGAGAUCCACACCAUCAACGGGCAGGAGUACACGGACGCCCUCACCUGGCUGCAGUCUCUCACCGGGCUGCUGGAACGCAUGCAGAUGUACCGUGGCCAGGAGGCUCAGGUGAUCCUGACUAAGUGGAUGGCAGAGCGAGAGGAACUCAGAUCCAAGACCAAGAACCUCUUCAAUCCGUACUUCGGCAGCAUCUUCCGUACGUUCCACAACCCGACCUACUUCUCACGCCGCCUAUCGCGCCUUGCUGAUGUGUACAUGGCGUCGGUGAGCUGCCUCCUCAACUACGACAUGGGCUACACCUUCUACCCACGCCGCAUGCCACUGCAGCACGAGUCUCCCCUGUGGAUCGACCAGCUGUGUACCGGCUGCGUCAAGACUCCCUACCUAACCGAGAUGUCCAACAUCCGUUGAGUGCCUCUCCUCUAAGCGUGCGCCCCCACCACCCCUCCCCACUUCCACCCAGAUUCUGUCUCUGGAUGUGCUAUGCCACUCUCUUGCUGUUUCCCCCCCCUUCCCUGGCUGCUUGUCGGACCUGGUUGGGUGUUUAGGG